UUUCAUUCAUCGAUUCGUAGUGGUUCGCUUCGGCUCGGGUGCUGGGAGCACAUUUUAGCAGUUUUCCUGAGUUUUUUCGUGCAUGUUUUCGGUGCUGAAUCUCGUGACACACGUCUCGUGUAUCUUGGUUUCCUUGUGAAGUGAAGGCAGGAAGCUACGUUCUUCGAUUAGUGUACAGUGACGACCUGGCAUUAUCCGAUCGCCGCUCGACCAAAUUAUCGACCCGUCCUGUAAUAAUGGUCAUAGUUCCGCAUAUGUCCCUUAAAGUUUGAUUUUUGUGUUCGUCCAACCAUUUUCGGUAGCCAUUGGGAUAGUGUGUGAGCGAACGUAGCAAAGAUUGUCGGCACGUUUCGAUUCUAAGGUCGGUUCCCAAGCUCGGUUUGUACGAGUGAGUACGAGUAUGAAGUUGUGAAUAAUACUGCAACCCAGCCGCUGGAGUCUGGAAUUUUGAGCCAUUUUUUUUUGUUACACCUGUAUUUUUUAAUUUUUUUGCGAAAGCCAUUACCUAUUUUUGCACGAUCAAUCAUAUAAGGAACUUGUUAAGGUCCGGUUAAACGUCGCCAUUUUUGCAUCCAGCCGUUUUCUUUGAUACCGUCAAAAUUCUACCCACCAGGAAAAUGCGUCCGCGUAUCGAGAGCUCAAUUGGCGAUGAUGCCAUGGAGAGCUGCGGGUAUCUCAAGUUCACCGACGAGAACAUGAAGUCCAACUUCCUGCAAAGCCUGAGCACCAUGCGUCGCCAUCGCUUGUUUUGUGAUGUGAUCAUUCUGGUCGGCAGCACCGAAUUCCACGCCCACCGAAACGUUCUGGCGUGCGUUUCGCCCCACUUGAUGGAACUGUUCAGCUCGGAUGUGGGCAACCUGAAUGGGUCCGCAGCCGAGGGGAAAACGCCCAGCUACCGACUGAAUGGUCUCAUCACGACGUCCGGGCUAAAGUAUCUGGUCGAGUACGCUUACACUGGCUCGCUGGAAGUGCCCAACGAUAUGAUACGCGAUGUGUAUCUUGCUGCCUGGCAGCUGAAGAUUGACAACGUGGUCAAGGAAUGUGCCCGCCAUAUGGUGGGUGAGCUGGAACCGGAAACAUGCAUCGAAACUCGCUCGUUGCCGGGAAUCGCUCGGAACAACAACUUCGUGCAGGAGGUUGACAGUUACAUCGCGAAAAAUUUCACAGAAGUCUCGCAACAACCGAGCUUCCUGCAACUUCCCUGCAUAUUGAUUGAAGUUCUCUACCAAACCAAGCAGGAGAUGUCUGUUGUAACGGAAGCUUCCCUAUGUCGAUUGGUUCUCGAUUGGAUUCGUCGUCAGAUGACGGAAGAUGGUGUUUCGGUUUCGAAUUUGCUGGAACGAUCACAUAUGCUGUACUUGGCGUUGGACAACUCCUUACAGGAUUGUUCCGAUCUUCCGCCGGGUCAGGAAUCAGAAAGUGAUUUGGUUCAAGAUUACAAACGAUUAGCGCAAAAAUGCCCGAACGGGAAAAAGCAUCGGAAAGGAUUGAAAACACCCGGACGUCCAAGGGUUCUCGUGUACAACAGAGACAUUGGAGAACGAGUUGAAAACAGUGCACAGGAUUGCGAUUGGAGCCUGAUCGGUAGUUCAAAAGUGGCCAACCAUACAUUCGUCUCUCUGAUCACCCUUAACGGAAGUCUCUCGCGGUUGUCUAUCCAGUUGAGAUUGAACAUACCGACCACUCCGUCGCCCAUCAAUACUCCCGACCCGAUUAGUGCCUGCUCUAGCAAUGAAGAAGAUGCAGGCGAAUCGCAGAAACCAGAACUGUUCUGCGAAGUGGCAACCAUGUCGGGUCCAAAAUGUGGUCUGGGGGUAGCCGAAUUGGAAGGUAAACUGUUAGUAUGUGGAGGUUACGACCGAGCGGAAUGUCUACGGUCAGUGGAAUCGUACUGCCCGGACACCAACAGUUGGACCCAGGAGAGUAACAUGGGUGAAGCACGUGGACGAGUGCAAAUUGCUGUGAUUAACGGAACGGUUUACGCAGUUGGUGGUUGUAACGGUACCACUGAAUUGGAUUCCGUGGAGUGUCUUUCCAAGAUCGACAACAAGUGGAAGAAAGUGUGUAAACUGCCGUUGGCUCGAAGUAAUGCCGGAGUGUGCGCCCUGGAUGACAAGAUCUACUGCAUAGGCGGUUGGAAUGGUCAGAGCGGUAUUCGACAGUGUGACGCGCUCAAACCGACGGAGAACAAAUGGUUCUCGAUAGCUCCACUCAACACUGGCCGGUAUCAGGCUGGUGUGGCACCAUACAAGGGCAAACUGUGGGUUGCCGGCGGUAGUGAUGCCUGGAAUUGUCUGGGUUCGGUAGAAAUGUACGAUCCUGAGAGUGGCCAGUGGAUUUUUGCACCGUCUCUAUUGACGCCAAGACGCGGUUGUGGUUUGGCCGAAUUCAACGGAAAACUGUACGCCGUCGGUGGCAGUGAUGGAACGCAUUCGCUCAACACGACCGAGUGCUACGACGAAGCCAACAAAUGCUGGGUUGCCGGACCGAACUUGACCUCGCCGCGAUCGAACGUUUCGGUUGCUUCAGUCCAGAACCGUCUUUAUGCGAUCGGUGGUUUCUCCGGAAAGACUUUCCUGAAUACCAUCGAGUACCUGGACGCUAGCUCGAAUGAGUGGACCACUUUUGUCCCGCAAACCAACCAGAAUAUCGACAGUUUGUUGCAGUCAUCACUGCACAGUAACCGAAUUUUCGGUCGGCCUGGUUCGUCCACUUCGUCUUCGCCGGAUAAUCUGAGUAGUCAGAACGGCGAAAAUGAGCAUCUGUUUAAACCGAUUCAAACGGCCCAGGUGAACGUGUACAAUUUGGAAAAGUCCAACAGCAAGGCAUCGUCGACGGAUAAGGAGGUGACAGAAAUUCUAGCAGAAAGUGAGCAAUCGAUGAAAAAGUUAGCAAUCGGUGAUGCUGAAGAUUCCACCGAGGCCACAAAUGGUACUAACAACUCUCAUGAUACCAGUAUUAAACUGCAGAAAAUUGUGGCCAACAACUGUGCGGAAAUUGCGAACGAAAACGACUGCAGCUAACUAACAGAGGCCACAACAGCGAAGCCAGAUCACCAGUCGGCUUCGUUGCCGUCGAUCUCGGUACCUACUGGGUCCGCGCUGGACUGAACUACAAUUUUGAAAGGCAAAACAAGAAUCAAGGGUUCAAGAGAUUUCGCAGAUUUUUUUCCCAUUGUGGUUUUCUGGAACAUAUAUAAUUAUACAAUUGUGAACUCAAUAUAUUUGAUAAGAAAUCUUUUUUAAUGCAGAUAAGAUUGUAAGUGUAGUUUACACCUCUAUCCACAAUAGCUGAUAUGAAGUAGCAUGUAUUGGCAACCUUGUAUAAGUACUAUUGCGGUGAAUGUAUUUUGAACGUAAUAAAACAACAGCACUUGCGUCAGGUAACAACUAUUACUACUACCACCCCUACUAUUGUGAAUUUUUUACAUGAAACUAAAUAUUAAAAGUCUUACGAAACGUAGCUCUACAAAUGACAUACGGUGCAGUAACUUACGGUAACAUCCAUGCCCACGACUCUUGCUCAUUUUGAUCGUUCCAGCGAUUGAAAUCGCAAGGCGGUGAUGAAUGAGAGCUAUUUAGAUGGUAGGUAACAUUAUUUUCUUGUUCUUCUAUAUAUACACUGAUAUGUCACACGAUAUGCAUCGAAGUGUGGCACCUUACAAAACAGGUACAUUGCAAUUGCGGUCCAUAACAUUCGAUAAGUCCAUUUUAUAUGAUUGCAUUCCGAGAGAAGAAAAUUUCAUCUCGAUUUGCAAAAUAUCUCUUCUGGUAAAAACCAAAAAGAAAAAAACAUUUUGAACAUUAUGAUUGUCUACUCCAUACAUUUCGAGCAAAAGCAAUUGCUUAUAGAACGUAGUCAAAAAAUAAAGACAAAUACAAUGCGUCAAGCAUCUAGGUUUAAGGAAAAAUACGAUUAUCGAGAAAAAAAUCUACACCCUAUCAACGUAAGAACAAUUACAUAACAACACAGUACCGUGUAGAUCUUAUGCUAAGCUUCUUUUAGAGAUCCUGCAAACUCUAGAAUGUCUGAAAAACUUCACAUCAUAUCGAGGACUCAGUCGGGUUGAAUGAGUAAAGCAAAGAAUAUCCCCCCCCUCUCCAUAACACCAUUUGCCAAAAUUCAUUUAUGUUCUUUAAAGUGUUUGCCGAUUACUUGUCAUCUCGUUACGAGACUGAAAUUGAUCACGUUACAGUGCUACUUCAGAUAUUUUAUUCAGCCGUUUCGAGAAGUUUUGGCUACAUCCAAUAUUGAUUCUUUCAGUUUAAGCCAUUUUAAAAAUUGUGAUUUCACGCUAAACAACAGUGAUAAACCGAAUGCAUUUUAGAGAUCACUAAAUAACGUAGCGUAAUGGUGUUAUGUCACUGAAUACGCCACUGCAGUUAGCUUAUCAAGAAGCACUUUGAUUGCAUCCCACUAUGGUGAAUUCCUUAAAAAAAAAACAAAACAGCUGUACAACUAGUGAUAGUUUUUAAAAAAAUUCUAAAUUUUUGAAGCAACAUUUCAAUUUACAUUGUGAUUUCAAUUUAGGUUUUUAAACUCUACUGCAACUAUGCCAUUCAUAGUCAUAGUCUUUUUUUUUCUUGGUUCUCUUCCAUCGUCUCUGAGCAACAUCAGUUUAAGUUAUCAAUUCUACUGUUAACAAAACAAAUCUAAUGUAUUAACAUUCAAAAUGCACGCGAUAGAUUAUUUGUUAAUGUAAAAGUACAGAAUUGUGCAAAGUGAACAAGAAAUUGUUAUGGAAGAAUCGUUGGGAAUAAAAUUUAAGACAGUA